AUGUAUUUACAUGACGAUGACGACAUUCAAGAGCUCCAUACCUUGAAUGAUGGUUCCGAGAAAAUCAUGACUUCGAUCCGUAUUGAUAAUAUUGAACGGAAAUUAGAAUGUGAUACUGGUAGUCGGCGAACUGUUGUGUCUUAUAAUUUUUUCAAGCAGCUGAAUUUGCAAAAACCUAUCAUGCAUGAUAACACAGUUCUCAAAGAUUAUACUGGUAACUUAUUCAAACCAUUAGGCUACGUCAACGUAUCAGUCAAGUAUAAAGAUAAAGAAAUCAACAGUCGUUUAUAUUUCACAGAAAGGUCUGAAUCAUCUGUGAUGGGUCGCGAAUGGUCUAUUCCUCUCGGCAUUAUAAAAGUAGAUGAAACUGAUGAUGUAAAAUUUCUCGGAAAGUCAAAUGUGCCAGAUAUGGAUAAAAUCAAGAAGGAAUUCGCCAGUGUUUUCUCCGAUGAAAUAGGAAAGGUUCCAAAUUAUACUACCUCUUUCGAAUUGAAUGAAAAUUCCAAGCCUAUUUAUAUGAAAGCCAGAAAAGUUCCACAUGAAGUUACCUCCUCAGCUGACGCAUGUAUCAAUCGAUUGAUUAAAUUUGGUGUUCUAGAAAAAGUUGAUGUGUCAGAAUGGGGUACUUCUUCAGUCUAUGUUGAAAAAUCUGAUGGCUCUGUUCGAUUGUGUGGAAAUUAUAAGAAAACGAUCAAUAAAAUGAUCAAAGAUAUCCGAUAUCAACUUACAACUGUUGAGGAUAUUUUCAAUAAACUCGAAAAUGGCACUUACUAUUGUAAACUUGAUUUACGUGAUGCGUUUUUACACCUUCCAGUAGAUGAAGAGACAGCAAAAUUGCAAACAAUUGUGACUCAUAGAGGCACUUUUAGGGUCAAACGACUUUAUUAUGGCUCAAAAGUGGCUCCAAAAUUAUUCCAAAGGUUCAUUGACCAGGUAAUUCGAGACUUACCUGGAACUGUGGCCUAUUUCGACGACUUAUUGGUGCAAGGAUCCACCAUUGAAGAGUGUGAAGCUCGCCUACGUGCACUUUUGCAACGCCUUCAAGAAUAUAAUCUACAUGUCAAUGAAAAAAAGUGCAAAUUUUUCGUCACUGAGGUCUCUUACUUGGGUCAUGUUAUCAACAAAAAUGGUCUUCAUAAAGCUCCGUCAAAAAUUGAGGCCAUUGUCAAAGCUCCGCGACCAACAAAUGCUGAUGAAGUUAUGCAGUUCCUUGGUCUUGUCAACUACUAUCAACGAUUCAUAAAAAAUUCAUCACACAUCUUAUAUCCACUCAACCAACUGCGCCGAAAAAAUGCCAAAUUCGAAUGGACUCCUGAGUGUGAAAAAUCAUUCAAUAAAAUAAAGCAAAUCAUUACCAGUGACGAAGUUCUAACACCUUAUAACAGGGAAUUGCCAUUAUAUCUCGCCACAGAUGCCAGUCCAUAUGGCAUAUCAGCUGUCCUAUCACAUCGCAUCAACGGAGACGAACGUCCUAUCGCAUACGCAUCUCGCUCCCUCACAAAAGCUGAGAAAAACUACAGUCAACUUGAUCGAGAAGCUCUGGCAGUGUAUUGGGGUGCCAAAAAAUUUUUCUACUACAUCUAUGGUCGUCCAUUCACAUUCAUCGUAGACAACAAACCAAUACAUCAUAUUUUAAAUCCAGACAAAGAGCUACCUAGCUUCACAGCAUCGCGGGUGAUAAGAUAUGCGGUUUUCUUAUCUCAGUUCAACUAUAAAAUCGAGCACCGCCCAGCCAGUCAGCAUUCCAACGCCGAUUAUCUAUCACGUUUUCCACUACCUAUCGAAAACACCAACGUUGUUGACGAAUGCUAUUUUAUACAGUCUUCAAAAAUAGACCAGGUUACAUCAUCUUCUCCGAUUACUCACAGCCAGCUGAAAGAAGAAACCUUAAAAGAUUCUUCACUGUCAAAAUUAUUGAAAGAGUUGCAAUCUGGCACCAACUCCGAACCUGAAUUCUCACUCAACGAUGGAAUUAUUUUCAAAAAUGGUCGAAUUUAUGUUCCUGAAAUACUUCGUGAGAAAAUUUUGGCUGAAUUACAUGAUACACACAUCGGCAUUGUUAAAAUGAAAGCCAUCGCUCGUAAAUUCGUUUGGUGGCCAAAAAUUGAUUCAGAAAUUGAAUCAAUUGUCAAAAGUUGUCAAAACUGUGCAGAUCGAAAUAAGAAUCCAAAAAAAGCUCCGCUUCACAAAUGGGAACCUCCUCAAGAAAAUUUUCAACGAAUUCACAUUGAUUAUGCCGGUCCGUUUCAAAAUCAUUUUUAUUUCAUCAUCAUUGAUUCAAAAUCCAAGUGGCUCGAAGUCUACAUAAAAAAGACUGCACCAACAACACAAUCUACGAUUACCUACCUUCAAGAUUUUACUGCUCGAUUUGGUUCACCUGAUGAACUAGUCAGUGACAAUGCCAGUAUUUUCACUGCAGCCGAAUUCAAAGAAUUUCUUCAAUUCCAUGGUAUUAAGCAUCGUCUCAUCGCGCCAGGUCAUCCGGCAACGAAUGGCCAAGCAGAAAGAGCUGUCCAAAUUGUCAAAUCCAAACUGAAAAAGGCCGAGCCUACCACUGACACACAAAUGUUGCGAAAUUUAGUCUCAUCAAUUUUACGUAAAUAUCGCAUCACACCUCUCGAAAAUGGUCAAACACCGUCUCAGCUCGUUUUUCAAAAAGAUAUCAACACCAGACUAAAUUUGUUGCUGCCAAAAAACGCAAAUCCACCUUCACAAAAAUCCAACCUGAAAGUAAAAACAUUCAAACUCGGAGAACGUGUCCAAAGUCGAAAUUAUACCUCAUCCUCACUUUGGAAAUAUGGGGUCAUCGUGGAAAAGUUGGGAAAACUUCACUAUCUCGUCGAAUUAGAUGAUGGGUACAUCAUCAAACGUCAUGUUGAUCAAUUGCGUUCCACAGAAGUGGAAAAAUUCAAAAAAGCUGUCCAAUUUUCUUCCGAGGUCAAACAUCCAAAGUCCAAUCUAAGUGCUCAACAACAGCCCAAUUCCGAACCAGAUUCAUCCAAAAAGGUGGAAAAAGUUUUGCGGCGAUCAAAUCGUUCAAGGAAAGCCCCGGAAAGGCUGAAUUAUAACUUUUGA